CUCGUUGUCAAACGCGUCAUUUUAGUGUCUUGUUUCUCAUUUGGAAGAUCAUUUAAACAAAUAAUUUUUUUGUUAGACUUUUCAAUGGAGAAUCUACUGAGUCACCUUUUUUUGAAUCAACAUUAGGAUCAUCGUCAUCAUCUCCAUCACAAAAAAUUCUUAAUGACUUGGGUGCUCACCCCAAAUCAGUUGGUUCUAUUGAUCGAUGAUGCUAGUCUUCGUGGAGAGGUCAUGCAUUACCUCUACGAGAAGAAAGAUUCAUGCAAAAAUCGAGCUCUGCUGCUGUGGAACAGCUUCAACACAGUUUACAUGCUUUUGCUGGUUAUGGCUAAUAACCCAGAAACAAGAACGGGGCUCAUAAAAGCUGAAAUACCAUGUUAUUUCUAUCCAUUUCUCAAGCCGUGUGGAGAUGAUAAGCAUAUGGAGUGUGUGAGGACCACUACCUUGGGUGUUCUCAAUGACCUGACAAAGUUUGAUGAUCCACAUGGAUCACAUGCCCUUUGUUUCUUCUUGGAAUCGGAAGUGGUUCCUUUGUGCCUGAAGUGCAUUGAUGUAUAUGACAAAAAGUCACAGAAGCUUGCAACUCUCAUAGUUAUGAAUAUUCUGACGCAAGAGAGUGGACUUACCUAUUGUUCUGCUACGCCUGAAUGCUUCUUCUCGAUAGUACAAGUCUUAAGACGAGUGGUUGAGAAACUUUCUCUCAAAACUUGUUUGCUGCAUCUAGAAUAUGUGAUACAGUGUUAUGUAUGUGUGUCAAAAAUAUAUAGGUCCAUCGGGCCAUGUGAUGAAUUGAUAAGACAAAUUCCUCCUCAGCUAUUUGACAACACCUUCAGGCGCACUCUUCUCCACAACCACGAAGCUUCGUGGAUGUUGCAGGUUCUACUCUCAAUAUUUAUGGAUGUCUAUAUUUUCCGCCAAUUGAAGAGAGAAAAAGGAUUGCAAAGAAGGCUGCAUCAAGUUAUGCAUCAAGUUCAAAGGGUAAGGGAAAGAGAAAGAAGUGAAGUUGUUCUGUAGGAAAAGACAGGAAAUAAUGACCUCAGUAGAGGGAAAAUAUGUUUUAAGUUAACUGUUCAACUGUUAAAAGCUCGAGAACUUCUUGAGCCUCCUUAAGACUAAUACUUUUGCUUUGUUAUGUACUGGAUGGUUGCUUUACUUGCUUUGUCUGUAUUGAAUGGUAGUUUUGUUCA